AGAACACCGGUGCGCGCUGUGCGCGGUGACCGGCGCCAUGGUGGUUGCGCACCGUGGCAAAGUCUCGUGGAGAUGGUGGCUAUUGCAAUGCCUUUGCGCCAAGAUGGUCGCGGGCGAUUGGGCGGACCUGGCGGCGUUCCGAGAUCUGGGGUCGAUGCCGAAGGAGACGCAGAAGGUCUUCGAGCUGGCCGCCAAAAAGGCGGACGACCUAGCUGAGAAUGCCGUCCAGAAGGAAUGCCUAGAGGACAUGCCACAAGUAGCAAGUUGGUCUGAAAGCAAACGGAAGAAAUGCUGCGAUGAAAUGGGCCUCGGCUGUGCGCCAGCGGCCGCACCUGAACCUGGAAAAAGGGAAGAGAACCCCUUCCAUGCGCUGGUCUUCAGACUCAAGGAAAGAGAAGUGCCUGUUGGUGAGGACUUUAGCUUUAUGAUCCCCGUGUCCGUGACCACGGAUCUGUCAGUGUCGCUGAGCCAUACGGCCACCCUGCAGUCAGGAGAUUCCCUCCCUUCGUGGCUGAACUUUGAGCCCGGAUCCUUGCUCUUCGCAGGUGUUCCACCAAAGGUGGGUCUCUUCCCCAUCAAGGUGAGCACUAAGAACAUGCAGACGGGAGUGGAGAUGGGACAAAUGUUCUUCGACCUGAGAGUGGUUCAGAAAGCAGUGCUGAAAAUAGAAGAAGCGCUGAAGAAACUUCCUCACAAGACGCUGAGGACACAUGUACGUCCCAGGAUGGUGGACCAGGGCGAGGUGCCGACGGUGCCGACGAAUCCGGUGACCUCGACAGCCGAAGGAGGGCUAGGCGUUGGUGCCAGUCCUGGUGUGGGUCAUCCUGAGCCUUUGGAGGGCUCGGCCACCGAAGGCACGGCGCCUGCGCCGGUGGCAACAGUUGCGCCGGUGGCAACCGUGGCACCGGUGGCGACCGUGGCACCAGUGGCAACCGUGGCACCGGUGGCAACCAUGGCACCGACAGGGGAUGGAAGUUCCACCUCUGGCGGAACUGAGACCAAAGGCCAAAGUGGGUUGCGAGGAAGUGGAUCAAGUGGGUCAGGUACUUCGGAUGGUGGCAACGGAGAAUCAGCAGGAGUAGGUGCUGGUUCCGAUGCUGGCGGCAAUGGAGGAUCAGCAGGAGCAGGCGCUGAUACCGAUGCAGGAGCAGGCGCCGGUUCAGAUGGUGAUGGCAAUGUAGGAUCAGCAGGAGGCGCUGGUUCCGACGCUGGCGGCAAGGGAGGAUCGGCAGGAGCAGGUGCUGAUACCGAUGCAGGAGCAGGCGCUGGUUCAGAUGGUGAUGGCAAUGUAGGAUCAGCAGGAGGCGCUGAUUCCGACGCUGGCGGCAAGGGAGGAUCGGCAGGAGCAGCCACUGGUUCCGAUGCAGGAGCAGGUAGUGGUUCUGAUGCUGACGACAAUGGAGAAUCAGCAGGAGCAGGCGCUGGUUCGGAUGCCGGUUCAACUGUCCCGGCAGUUCCCCUUGCGACUGUGCCUCCAGAGAAGGACGCAGCGACACCUCCGGACAACCUCCAUGUGCAGUUUCCCAAGGUCACCGUGCCUCUGAAGGUGCAAUUCGAGCAUGUGCUUCCGAAGACCCUGGCCAUCAGCAACUUUCACAGGAAGGUCUCCCAGAGAGGCGGCAAAAUCCAUUUCGAGGCCAGCCUUCAGUCCGGGGAACCCUUACCAAGUUGGCUGAGCUUCAAACACGAAUUUGAUAAGGAGACCAACAAGAACGAACUGAGCUUCGUUGGGGUUCCGCCCAAGGUGGAAACUCUCCCGCUGAGAGUUGAUGGCACAACACCCGUGGGGCAGACCGUGUCAAUCGUUUUCCCAUUCGAAGUUGUUGCGAAUCCGCCCUAUGUGAACAAGGUCCUCAAAGAUGUUUCAGGCACCGCCGACGAGGAGGUCCUUGAGACAAUUCCUAAGGAUGCCAUCGUUGACCCCGACGGCGGAGAGAUCAGCUACAGCGCCAAGUUGCUGAAUGGCAGCGAUUUGCCUUCGUGGCUCCACUUUGACGACAAGAAGUUGCAGGUUCGAGGCACUCCGCCCACCCAACAGGACCUGACGUUGACAGUGAAGGGCACAGACCCCCAGCAGUUGUCAGCGCAGACCACUUGGGUGGUGCGAAUUGGGAAGACGCGGCCGCCCUUGAUUUCUGAAAGCCUGCCCGAUAUCAGAGGUGUGGUGGGCAAACCCAUCCAUCGGAAGAUUCCGGAGGGUGUCAUUGUGGACCCCAUGGGGACGCGGCUCACCUUCACCGCAUUUGAAGAGCACGGCGAGUUGCCCAAGUGGUUGAAGUUUGACCCAAAGACGAUGACCUUUACAGGCAUACCUCCAGAGCCCCAAGGCCUACAUGUCUACGUCAAAGGAACUACGGAGGAUGGGCUCUCAGGGCAUUCGCCGCUGAACGUCCUGGUGGCCAGCGAAUCGGUGAAUGACCGAGCCAGAGAUUUGAUUUCCAUGAUGCCAAUGGUAUCGCCACCUGCCAUGGAUCCGCCGCCGUACUGCGUUGAGAAUGACGUGAUGUACGAACCCAUUGACAUGAACAUGACCAUCACCAACAUCACAGCCAAAACCGUGGUGGAUUGUAUGAUCCAGUGCCGAAAUGCUCCAGACUGCGGUUACUUCUCCUUUUACUUUCCGCUGAAGGUUUGUCACUUCUCGUCGCCCAUGGCUACGAAAGCCACCGGCAGAAUUGGUUUUGUUGGCGGGGGUGCCAUAUGUCCUCCGAAUGACCCACAGGGGAAAGCGAUGGUAGGAAUGAAGCAAAUGUCGGUGGAUUCCAAGUUCGCCACGGAGCGCUGUGGAGUACGGGGGCUGAGUUUCUUCCCUCCCAAUGGCCAGGGGAGGCAGAGCAGCUAUGUGCAGACCUCUUUGGACUGUCAGGCGGAGUGCCAAAAUGUGACCUGGUGUCAUAGCUUCCUCUUCAAUACUUUGACCAAGACCUGCGACCUGCAGGACUGGCAGUCCAAACCCGUUCUGGGCAGCAUCUACGACAUGGCUGGCCCGGUCUUUUGCUCUGUGGACGUUUACAUGGAUUUUACGGCCAAAUACCCAGAUGCCGAGCUGGGAAAGCCUCGCCCUGACACCAGCACUUUGAAGGCUGCUCUGAAGGCGGGCUUAGCGUUGAGCUCGGGACGAUAUCCCGUGUACACCGAGAAAAAGACCAACUUCUACGAGUCCGAUGGCGAUGGCCGCAAACCCGAAGAUUUUGUUCCCCUGAUCCACGUGGAUGAGAUUUUCUUGACCCAGCGAGGAGAAGACGCCCACAGCGUGAACUUCAGCGCCAUCUUGGCGCUCCCCGGGCGCCGCGCGCUCUACAUGGUGGCGCUACUGCGGGGCGAUCCUGAGGCUGCAGCCAAGCUCCACGCUGCCAUGAGUAAUUUGACCAUAAAGAUGGAACAGCAACUUCACAUCAAUCUGCCGGAAUUCCACAUCACCCACAAACGUUUGGAAAUUGUGGGCGAUUCCUGGAGAGAAAAGAUGACCGCCAUGGCCAAUAAGGAGUUCAACCUUACAGCCUGGAUCCCCAAAAAGAUCGGCGUGGACAAGAUCGGCGCCUACGAGGUGACGCCGCCGCGCUCCGCGCGGAGCCAAGGGCGUAGCCAGCGGGCGGCGCUCGGGCUGGGCUUUGGUGCUUUCAUUACCAUGAGCCUAGCCACCUUCAUCGUGGCUCGGAGAAGAUUGGGCUACACGAAAGUCGACUCACGACCCGGCAUGGACUCCAUUCUCCUGGCCGAAUGAGGCGAUCGAAUGAGUUGCCAUGGCUGCUGCCAAGAUGCACGCGCCACCCGGGUUUCACCCGCGAUUGAAACCGAAACCACGAAAUUUGUUUCACGGCGGCGCAUCUGGAGAACAGUUGGGGUAGACCAUGACCCC